AUGGAAGCAAUAAGACACCGAAGACGUACAGACGAAGAGUACGGGGAACAAGAAGGACUUGCUAAUGCUGAAGCAAUGAGAUACCGAAGAGAUACAGACGAACAGUACCGAGAAAAUGAAAGAUUUGCGCAUACUGAAGCAAUGAGAUCCCGAAGGAACACAGACGAAGAGUACCGGGAGAACAAAAGACUUGCGAAUGCUCAAGCAAUGAGAUACCGAAGAGACACAGACGAAGAGUACCGAGAAAACGAGAGACUUGCGAAUGCUGAAGCAAUGCAAAACCGACGGACAGACAAAGAGACAUGGAACGAAGAACACGCUAGGGACCGCGAAGCACGACAGCGUCUAAGAAGCAGUUAUGCAGCUGCUCUAGUCACUCAUAACAUUGACAUUUCGGAUAAUUGGCUUACAAGAUACGACCGCAAUGAACCCCGGUUGGCCGACUCAAAUAUCGAGACAGAAGAAGAUGAGGAAGACACCGAUGAUGCAGAGCCACUCAAUCCUGGUGUACAAGAAACGAUGCUGCUGGAAGAAGAAAGUCAGCAAGGAAUAAGAAUGGCUCCAGAAGAAGCACAAAGACCGAUUUCUAUUCUACUGGAUGAGGAUACGGAAUACCUCUCCUUUCCGACAAUUUUCGGGGUGAAAAACUGCAUCCCCUAUUUUGCGGUCGCCCAAUGUCAUAUUCAGAUACUGCCAAAUCUUUUGCAAUGCGAUACGACCGCGGAGUAG